AUGUAUGUAAAUAUAUACAGUGAGAGAGAGGGGGAGAGAGAGAGAGAGAGAGAGAGAGAGGGGGAGCGAGCCCGGGUCAGGAACACGAUCUCCAAGCUCAACCUCGUGGACCUCGCCGGCUCCGAGCGGAACGACUCAGAAGAGCGGAGCCAGGCGAAGGAAGGUGCCAACAUCAACAAAUCCCUCAGCGCUUUGAGCAAUGUGAUCAAUGCCCUCAGCGCAACUUCUGCUGGGGGGGGGCGCCGCGCCUUCGUCCCGUACCGGGACUCGAAGUUGACGCGGGUUCUGCAGGAGAGCUUGGGCGGCAAUGCCCUCUGCACAAUGAUCGCCGCCGUCAGUCCAGCAAAGAACAACGUGGAGGAGUCCUGGUCAACCUUGCAAUACGCGAAGCGGGCUAAAACCAUCCGCGUGGCCGCCACACGCAACGAGGAGACGAAGCAACGUCAGCAGAUGGAGAAGGAGGUGGAAGCUUUGCGGCAACGUGCCCUCGUCGAGACGCCUGGCGUCGUGAACGAGCUCGAGGAGAAGCACCGCGCCGAGAUCGAGGCUCUUGAAGCCUUCAUGCGGCAGACCUGGGAGGACAAGCAGCGCCUCUCGAAAGAGCAUGAGGAGCAGCGGGAACGUGCUCGAUUGGAGGCCCAGAAAGCCCUGGAACAGCGGCGCAUCGAGCUCCGCCGGAGGCUGGAGGCUCUGGAGAAGCUUCAAGAUAUUCCGGUCACUUUGCAGUCCUUCGUGGCGCUUGGGGCCACCUCGCAGAUUUGCCCUGGCUGGACGGACCGACUGGUCCGAGCCACAUAG